ACGGAGACCAUGGGCAAGAUUACAUUUUACGAGGACAGAAACUUUCAAGGUCGCAGUUAUGAGUGCGGUAACGACUGCACAGACCUCCACUCCUACUUCAACCGCUGCAACUCCAUCAGGGUGGAGAGUGGCUGCUUCAUGAUCUACGAGCGCCCUAACUACAUGGGCCACCAGUACUUCAUGAGGAGGGGCGAGUACCCUGACUACCAGAGAUGGAUGGGGUUCAGCAGCUGCAUCAGGUCUUGUCGUAUGAUACCAAUGUAUCGGGGUUCUUAUAGGAUGCGAAUCUAUGAGAAGGCUGACUUCAGUGGUCACAUGAUGGAGUUCAUGGAUGACUGCCCCUGUGUGUCUGAUCGUUUCCACCACCGCCAUGUCUACUCCUGUAAUAUCAUGAACGGCCACUGGAUCUUCUAUGAGUAUCCCAACUACAGAGGCAGACAGUACUUCCUGAGGGCUGGAGAGUACAGAAGAUACCGAGAGUGGUGUGCCACCUGUGCCAUAGUUGGCUCCUUCAGAAGGGUCACAGAUUUUUAACCAUUCUGCUCAUAUUUUCUGUAAAUACCUGCUAUGUAAUGAUUAAAGAUAUUUAAUUUUUAAA